AUGUCUGGUUUGCAGCCAUUGUACAAUAACCAUGCUUCUUAUCCGUUGCUUCCUCCCGAUAUGUUUGUUACCCAUAUCAUUCUUUCCAAUACGCCAACGCAAGACAAAGCGGUACCGUCAAUUACGAACGAUGUUGACCAAAUCUUUUCGAUACUACCGGUCGGAGAAUUGCCGCCUGUUUCGAGAACCGAGACUGCAACUGUGACGGUCACCUCAGUGACUACACCAGAGCCAACUGAACCAUCCUUGCUCGAGGAGAUCUUCCAGAGCCUCUUACAAAAGCAUUUAGAAUCUUUAUCAAUGGAAGCAAAACAUGCCACAGUCAGUGCCAGUUCAGAACAACAAAGCUCUGCUGAAACAGAGUCAGUGCAAUUGAGCUCAGAGGUUGGACUAGACUAUCCUGCUUUCACAACAGCAGCAUCAGCAUGGGCGGCAGAAAGUGACGCUGAUAAGUUGAAUAUGUCACCGACGCAAGACGUGGAGUCGAUCGCAACGGAAACUCACGAUUCAACUAUCCUUCAAGAGCAGCCGAGGGGCGGAAGAAAGAAGCAACUCAUCAAUCACAAGAGCUCGAAUAAAAUCGAGAUCUUGCCGCAAUUCAGACAUCACGAUAAGGCGCCUGUGGUGGUUGGAAGAGCGUAUGGGAAACCCAAGACAGCUUGGUAUGGUGAUUAUGCGAGGACCCAUACACAAGGUACUUCAUCUGUGGCGGUGGAUUUGGAUCCUGAAAUAACUACCGAUUCCGAAUUAAGUUCGAUUGAGACCUCUUUGGUAACGGAGGUAUCGGCCCUGACGGGACCGACCGUCGAUAUUGAUGAUGGGGGAUCCAUAAGCGGUAAAUCCCACAUGGAGAUGGAAAAUACAAAAUCGUCUGAUCAGGAGCGAACUGAAACUCCAAACAAGUCCACUGCAACUGAAAUUGGUAUGUACCCCACACCCACAACGCAGAUAGACGAGGAGGUCCAGUCUUACGAAGCCACAAUCGAGGCUGUUCCAUCUAGACGACGACCGCCUGCCAGAGGUGUGGCCGCAGAUCUGAAAAUCUCUUCACGAGGCUCAAUUGGUGUCGAUCAGAUCUCUUAUGCCACCGCUGCACCUCGAACUCCAGAGUACAUCAAGUCGACCAGAGACAAACGCAAAAAGACCAAGACCGCCAACAUUUACGACCAUACUCCCUGA